CCGAAUGCGCCGCUGAGACUUGAAUGCGCUCAGUCCUGUUUUCCAUUCCCCGUACCACCUCCGUGCCCCUGGCUUCUCUUCAUCUUCUCGGACUUGUGAUUCAAUAUGCCUCGCGACCCGCUUAUAGGGCUCGUGGGGAAGCCAUCUUCGGGAAAAUCCACAACGUUGAAUAGCUUGACGGACGCUACCUCGAAAGUCGGAAACUUCCCCUUCACAACCAUUGACCCCCAACGCGCCGUCGGCUACCUCCAAAUCCCCUGCGCCUGCGCACGCCCCGGUAUCGACCUCUCCGAGCGAUGUAAACCAAAUUACGGAUCUUGCGUCGAGGGAAAGCGCAGCGUGCCGAUUGAGCUGCUGGAUGUCGCUGGGUUGGUACCUGGUGCGCAUAUGGGGAAGGGGCUGGGGAAUCGGUUCUUGGACGAUUUGAGACAUGCGGAUGCGCUGGUGCAUGUUGUGGAUGUUAGUGGGACUACGGAUGCUGAGGGUAAAGCAACGAGAGGAUACGAUCCUAGUCAGGAUAUCGUAUGGUUACGCUCGGAAAUCGUGCGGUGGAUUCUGGGAAAUUUGAUGGAGAAGUGGGGCUCCAUAAAACGCCGGCACAUAGCCGUAAAAGCAACUCCCGUCGAAACCCUGCAAAAUCAACUCUCAGGCUACGGCUCAAACUCCAAAAUCGUAGCGCGCACCCUCGACCGCAUAUCUCUCAAGGAACCCCUCCCCGAAUGGUCCGAAGCAACAAUAACCCGCGUCGUCGAAGCCUUUGUCGACGAAAAAUUCCCAACCGUCCUUGCCCUCAACAAAAUAGACCACCCAGACGCCGACAAAAACAUUGCCAAAAUCGCAAAACAGGUCAAAGACCCAAAGGAGAUUGUGCUAUGUAGCGCAAUCUCCGAAGUCUUUUUGAGAAAGUUGGGAAAGCAAGGGUACAUCAAAUACACCGAGGGCGCGGAUUAUCUCGACACGCGCGAGGAUCUCAUCGAAGCCGGCGAUGCCAACGGCGGGAACCUCAAACCUCUGGAUGAAAAACUCACCCAGCGCCUCGAGAACCUCAAGGACCUCGUGCUCUAUCGCUUCGGUAGUACGGGCGUUGUGCAGGUUCUCACCCGCGCUGCCGAGCUGCUGGGCUUGGUCCCCGUCUUCCCCGUCAGGAACGUGCAUAACUACACGAGCGGGAGCGCGAGUUCGACGGCCGUGUUCCGCGAUUGCGUGUUGGUGGGCAAAGGCAGCACCGUGGGCGAUGUGUAUAGGAAGGUCAUGGGGGAUGCGCCCAUGGCGUAUGUGGAGACGAGGGGUGGGGUCCGCGUCGCCGAAGACGAUUUGGUGGUUGUGGGGAAGAAUGAUAUCCUGUCCUUCAAAGUCGGAAGAGCGUAGAAUCAGUCUCAUUGUACUUGCUUAUAACCGGUUAUUCGCCGAGUGCGAUGAUUCUUAUGAAAUGCAUGCAUUAAGACCCAAGUUAUCCCAUCUCUCAUAGAGCGGAUCCAGUGUUUGUCGGUAGUUAUUUCGUAUUCGAC